AAUUUUCCCCGAAUUUUUAGUUUACCGUGUACAACUCGCAUAUGUUACUGUAGAAACUUGAGAGAAAACUGAAAACAAUGGCGACCACUCCGAUGCCGCCGAACGUGGUGGCCGGAAACCCUGGCUUCGAAGGGAAUGCUUUGGUGGCGCCGCCGCCACCACCGUUGACUGACAUGACAGGAAUAUGCUUUAGGGAUCAGCUGUGGUUGAACACCUACCCACUCGACCGAAACCUGGUGUUCGACUACUUCGCCCUCUCACCGUUCUACGACUUGACCUGCAACAACGAACAACUUAGAAUGCGCUCCAUUCACCCCCUCGAUCUCUCUCAUCUCUCGAAAAUGACAGGAACUGAGUACAUGCUGAGUGAAGUUAUGGAGCCCCACCUUUUUGUCUUACGGAAGCAAAAGAGGGAUAGUCCUGAGAAAGUCAUGCCAAUGCUGACUUAUUACGUCUUAGAUGGUUCGGUAUACCAAGCGCCACAGCUUUGCAAUGUUUUUGCAGCUCGAGUAGGACGCGCAUUGUAUCAUAUAUCAAAAGCUUUCACUACAGCAGCCUCAAAGUUGGAGAAGAUUGGAUAUGUUGAUACUGAAAAUGAGAAUGCAACGCUGGAAUCAAAGGCUGCCAAAGAGACAAUUGACUUUAAAGAAGUUAAGCGAGUAGAUCACAUUCUUGCAUCACUACAACGCAAGCUACCACCAGCCCCUCCUCCUCCUCCUUUUCCAGAAGGUUAUGCUCCUCCUGCCACUGCUGAAGGAGAGAGAGGCUCUGAAACCCCGCAAGCAGAGCCCCAACCUACUGCUGUGGAUCCAAUCAUCGACCAAGGCCCAUCUAAGAGAAUGAAAUUUUGAGGUGACACUUAUUUCCCCUUCUUUCAACAUCCAAAACCAUUUCAUGGGCCAAAGAUUUUCCCGAGACAGGUUAUAUUUGUAACAAGGGGAGCCCACACUGAGUUAUAAUUGGAAAAUUUAGAGCCCGGUCUCCUUAUAUGAACUUAUUUAGAGAUAAGUCAAUCAAGAAAACUUAUUUAAUUUUAAGUCUGUUUUUUGUCAAUUUUACUAUUGUAACCCUUUUAUAUAGGAAUGUUAUAAACGACGUUUAUGAACACAAUAACCAUUCAGAUACAUCUCCUUCAUAAUUACCUUCAAAUU